UCAACCAAAAGAAAGCCGACACUUUGCAUUAUUUGACGGGAUAGAAUUUUGAUACAUCGACUCCCAACUAACCUACUAUUUGAUUUUUUUAACAUAAAUUAAUCUAAACUAGACACACAUUAAAGUAAUAAUUAAAUAACAUAUGAACUUUUGAUACUCCUUCAACCCUUCACUUCACAGAAGAUACCACUUACUUGUGCUUCGAGAAUUCUGAGUUUCCUCAUCAUACCUUUCUAGAAAGAAAACCAUGGCAGAGCUUUUCCUUGCUCCGUUAAUCCAACUGCUGUUUGACAAAGUGGCGUCUGGCGAGUUUCUGAACUUUGCACGCCGAUAUGUGGGACUCGGAGAAAAGCUGAACAAGUGGAAGCAUACGUUACAAGGAAUCCGGGCAGUCCUUGAUGAUGCGGAUGGAAAGCAGCAUGAUGUGACGACAGUGAAACUGUGGUUGGAUGAUCUUAGAGACUUGGCUUACGAUGUGGAGGACAUACUUGAUGAGUUCGCCACGGAAGCUUUGCAACGCAAAUUGAAGGAAGGAGAUGAUGAUCAGGCCAGACCAAGUAAGGUACGGAAACUCAUCCCUACCUGGUUGACUGGUUUGACUCCAAGUGCUCUUAAGCUCAAUGUUAGGCUGGUUUCAAAGAUAGAGGAGAUUUCUGCUCGAUUCGAUGAUAUUGUCACACGAAAAGAUCAACUGAACUUGAAAGAAGCUGCUGAUCGUGGGAGAUCAAACAGAAGAAGAGGGACACUGGAGCCAACUUCUUUAAUGACAGAUGCUAAUGUUUAUGGCAGGGAAAAAGAUAAAGAGGUUUUACUUCAAUUGUUGCUGGGUGAAAGACGUAAUGAUGCUCAAGUCUCUGUGAUUCCUAUACUCGGUAUGGGGGGUAUAGGAAAAACAACUCUUGCCCAGCUUUUAUUCAAUGAUAAAAAAGUGCAAAGCUUUUUUGAUUUAAAAGCAUGGGCCUGUGUUUCUGAAGACUUUGAUGCUGUUAGGGUGACAAAAGCAGUUCUAAAAUCAGUCACCUUUGCAAGCCGUGAUGAAAAUGAUCUGAAUUUGUUGCAAGUCGAACUCAAGGAACAACUAAAAGGGAAGAAAUUUCUAGUCGUUCUGGAUGAUCUAUGGAAUGAGAACUACGUUGAUUGGACUAUCCUACGCGCUCCUUUCCUAGCAGGGGCUCCGGGAAGUGCAACUGUCAUCACAACUCGCAAUGAGAGAGUUUCAUCGAUAACACGUUCCCUUCCAGAGUACCGUUUGGAAGUGUUGUCGAAAGAUGCAUGUUUGUCUGUAUUUACCCAACAUGCACUGGGGGCAAGCAACUUCAGUGCACAUCCGAACCUUCAAGAGAUUGGUGAAAAAAUCGUUGAAAGAUGUAAAGGCUUGCCUUUGGCAGCAAAGACCCUCGGAGGCCUCUUGCGCACUAAAAAGGACCGUAAUGAGUGGGUAAAUGUGCUUAAGAGCAAGAUAUGGGAUAUACCAGAGGAGAGAAGUGGAAUUGUUCCCGCCCUUAUGUUGAGCUACCACCAUCUCCCUUCACAUUUAAAAAGGUGCUUUAUGUAUUGUUCAAUACUCCCAGAGGACUAUAAAUUUGAAGAGCAUCAGUUGGUUCUGUUGUGGAUGGCAGAAGGUCUAAUUCAACCACCGGAAGGGGAUAAGCAAAUGGAAGAUCUGGGUAGCGAGUAUUUUCAUGAUUUGUUGUCAAGGUCCUUUUUCCAACAAUCAAGCACGGAGAAAUUCCGAUAUGGGAAACCACAAUUUGUGAUGCAUGAUCUCAUCAACGAUUUGGCCCAAAGGGUUGCAGGAGAUAUAUGCUUCAAGAUGGAGGAUGAAAUUUGGGGUGGUAACAAAAUAAGACUUCCUAAAAAGGUUCGACACUCUUCUUACUUGCGUGGACAAUUCGAUUUUGCUAAAAAGUUUGAGCCUUUUUUUGAACUCAAAUGUCUACGUACCUUCCUCCCUCUUCCAUGUCCUAGUUAUUGUUAUUUGACUCAAAAUGUUCAUAUUCAAUUGUUGCCAGAAUUAAAAUGUUUAAGAGCACUCUCUUUGAGUGGGUACUGCAUAGUUGAGGUACCAAAUUCGAUUGGUGAUUUAAAGCAUUUACGGUACCUUGACCUUUCUUACACUGAAAUUAGAGGUUUGCCCGAAUCAACAACUACUCUAUACAACUUACAGACAAUGAUUCUGGAGGGAUGUUCUUAUCUAGAGCAAUUGCCUUCAAAUUUGGGCAACUUGGUCAACUUGCGCCACCUUAACAUUCUCAAUGCAACUAAGCUGGAAGGAAUGCCUCCUCAAAUAGGUAAAUUAACUCAUCUCCAAACAUUGUCUAAUCUAAUUGUGGGAAAAGGCAGUUGCUUCUCGUUAAGAGAGCUAGGUUCUUUGUCGCAUCUUCGAGGGACACUCCUCAUCUCACAAUUGGAGAAUGUCACUAAACCUAGGGAUGCAAGCGAUGCUAAGUUAAUUAAAAAGACUGAUCUUACUACGUUGUGCUUGGAAUGGAGUGUCAACAUAGAUGAUUCACAAGAUAGAAGAAGUGAGUUUGACGUACUUUGCAUGUUACAACCUCACAAUGCUUUGUACGAGCUGACUAUCAAAUGCUAUGGUGGUACAAAAUUUCCAACAUGGUUUGGUCAUUCAUUUCUUCGUAUGGUGCUGCUAAGGAUUGAAAACUGUAAAAAGUGCACUUCAUUGCCACCAGUCGGCCAACUACCAUCACUCAAACAACUUUUCAUUAGAGGCAUGGCAAUUGUGGAGAAUAUUGGUGUUGAGUUUUAUGGGAAUGGUUCCUCACAACCUUUUAGAUCCUUGGAGGCUUUAUAUUUUGAGGAUAUGGAAAAAUGGGAGAAAUGGAGCCCUAAUGGAGAGUUCCCACACUUGCGUGAGCUUUCAAUUGCAAAUUGUCCUAAGCUAUUGGGGAAGUUACCAAACCAUUUUCCUUCAUUAGGAAAAGUUGUUAUACAAGGAUGUCAGCAGUUGGUUGUUUCUAUUUCAAACUUUCCUGAGCGUUGCAGACUACAAAUUGGAGGAUCCGAAGGGGUAAUGCGUGAAAAUAAGGUUGUCUUCAACUCACUAAAUUCCAAGCCUUUUUCAACAAUUUCAGAAUUCAAAUCUCCAAUAAAAGGGCUUAUUCUCGAAGGACUAACACAUGUAGAAUAUCUAAAUAUUGAAAAUUGUGAGGAGUUGACACCUUUGUGGUCAAAUGAUGUGGGAUUAUUACAAUCCCUCCCACGUCUUCGUGACUUGAAGAUUUGCAAUUAUCAUAAACGAAAUUCUUUGGCAGAAGAAGUAAUAGAGCAACCAAAACAGGGUAUGCCAUCCACCAGCAAUGGCAUGGAAUCUUUACUCAAGGAAUUCAUGUACAACAACACGUGUCUUGAGCGUAUUGAGAUUGAUGGAUGUGAUUCGCUGAUGCACAUUGCAAUAGGCAAGCUACCUCCAACACUUAAGCAGCUAUGCAUACGAAAUUGCAAGAAUAUGCGUAGAAUUACCGGCAACACUUCAACACCUCCAUAUUGA